UCCAUGCUAAUGGCUGGAGCCCUGCGAAUGGCUGAGCACAAGCAUUGUGUCUGUUCCUGAGUCAGAGCAGGUGCAAAGUCUGCUCUUCCUGUCACCAAACUGCACCUGGGUCCAGCAACCAGCAGGCCGGGGAGGAACAGAGCGGGAAAAUAGCCCCAGUGAGGAGAGGGGUCUGAGCAAGGGAUGUGGGGUCCUGUCACCCCCACCACAGCUGCCACUUGUACCCUCAGCUCCCAGUCUCUUGUGGUCUCGUGCACCUGCUGCAUCCUGCUCCUCCUUCACUCUGAGGAAUCCCUCCUCCCGUCUCACACGCUCUCCUUCCACUGUGCUCCCUGCGUCAGUGAGCCAGGCAAGCGCCCUCCCUUCUGCUGCAGUGCCUGGCUCACAUGUCAGCCCCUGAGCUCAGCCAGUGCAGACACAGGGCGCCUGAGCCCUGUCUGCUCUGGGACAUGCACCUGUGCUGGGGCUGGUUCAGCCUUGGGAAUCAAUGGUGCUGCUGGUGGCCCCUCUGGCAGCACUGUGGAUGCAGGGCCACGGGGCCACUAACUUUGCUGACACUGGGCUGGGGCGUGCUGGGUGCAGAGGGUGGCUUUCGUACCUGCUCUGUGUUCUCCCUGGGCAGGCACUGCGCAGCCAGCACCCUGCACUCACAGCCCUUGCACAGACACACUCUCCUGCGGGGUUGGAGGGCAGCUGCCCCGCUGAGCAUGAGCUCUGCGGCUCUCACCCCCUCUCUCUGCCCCAGGAGGUCAGCGGCUGGUACUAUCUCCUUGGCGAGGACCUGGGCAGGACCAAGCACCUGAAGGUGGCCACACGGCGUCUGAAGCAGAGCAGAGAGCCACCACGGGCGAGCCAGCGGGCUGAAUUGGGAAACCAGGAGGCUGAGAACAUGGAGCAGCUCAAGAUUACAAUCCCUCGAGGAAGGGAUGGGUUUGGCUUCACAAUCUGCUGCGACUCUCCAGUCCGUGUGCAGGCUGUAGACUCUGGUGGCCCAGCGGAGAAGGCCGGCCUGCAGCAGCUGGACACUGUGGUGCAGCUGAACCAGCAGCCCGUGGAGCACUGGAAAUGCGUGGAGUUGGCACAUGAAAUCCGGAACUGUCCCAGUGAGAUCAUCCUGCUGGUGUGGAGGAUUGUGCCGCAGAUCAAGCCGGGCCUUGAAGGCAUGAUACGUAGGUCGUCCUGCAAAUCUACCUACGACCUCCAGUCGCCUCCAAACAAGCGGGAGAAAAACAGCACGGUGCCCUCACACCCCGAGCAGCGCCAGAGCUGCCACAUUGUGUAUGAUGGCAGCGACAGGCUGGUGCUGAACAACUGGGCACGAUACACGGAGGUUGGGAAGCGGAGCCAGCACACGAUGCCACCGUUGUCCCGGGCAUCCUCUGACGGGGACAAGAACUACAUCCUCUUAGCCCCUCUGAAUCCUGGGGGUCAGCUGCUGAGGCCAGUGUAUCAGGAGCACAGUGCCGCUGUGGGAAAUGCAGGGAAAGGCAAAUCUCAUACAGGAUCUGGACGGAAAUCCAGGCUGAUGAAGACAGUGCAAACUAUGAAGAGCUAUGGGAACUACCAGAACUGCACCAUUGUGAGGCCUCAUAUCCCGCACUCCAGCUACGGCACCUAUGUAACGCUGGCCCCCAAAGUCCUCGUGUUCCCUGUCUUUGUGCAGCCUCUAGACCUUUGCAACCCAGUCCGGACUCUCCUUUUGUCAGAGGAGCUGCUGCUUCAUGAAGGCAGAAGCAAGCCUGUAAAGGUGACCGUCUUCAUCUACUCGGACUUGCUGCUCUUCACUAAGGAAGAUGAGCCCGGGCGCUGCAAUGUGCUGAGGAAUCCUCUCUAUCUCCAGAGUGUCAAACUCCAGGAGGGUUCUUCUGAAGAUCUGAAAUUCUGCAUCCUCUACCUUGCAGAGAAGUCGGAGUGCUUAUUAAGUUUGGAGGCUUACUCCCAGGAGCAGAAGAAGAGGAUCUGCUGGUGUCUGGCUGAGAACAUCACUAAGCAGCAGCAUCCGGCAGCGGCUCCUGCUGAGAACAAGGCAGCAGAGAUGGUGCUGCCUUCAGUGCUGCUGGCCUCACCAGUUCCCAUCACUGGCACUGACUGGUUCCCUUCCUGGCAGUCCAGGCCCUCGGGACACUGACCGAGCCAGCCCCUUGCGGGCUGGAUCUGUGGCUGUGAAGGGCAGUGUCUCACUCUCACCAUUUACAGCCCCUUUGGCAAGUGCUAGUCCAUGGAAUGUCAACACAAGCAAACAAUGUGUAAUGGGGCACGGUCUAAACCAGGGCAGCCCUGGGGAUGGGACAGGCCGGUCCCCUGCAAAGACCAAGCCACUUGGAUGGUGCAGUCAUGGAGAGGAGCAGCCAGGGGAGCCUGUGCGCCCCAGGUAU